CUAAUAGAAGAUCAAACUAUUUUCUUGUCAGAUUUAAAAGCUAAGAACUGUGCUGAGCUUUACUACUCUGAUCAAAGAAUCAGCGGUGUUUAUACAAUCUAUCCUGAUGAUAAACUUCCCUUUGAUGUAUAUUGUGACCAGACAACAGCUGGUGGAGGAUGGACAGUGAUCCAAAAGAGACUGAAAGUUUCCGAUGAUUUUAACCGCACCUGGGAUGACUACAAACAUGGCUUCGGUAAUUUCCUCGUUGGUGAAUAUUGGCUUGGAUUGGAAAAGAUCCGCCGCUUGACCGAAAAUAAGACAGAAAACAGGCUUCGAGUAGUUCUUGGGGUAAAGGCAACGAAGCGACUAGUUCCUAAAAAAACUUUUUACGCUGAAUAUGCGUGGCUUAAAAUUGGAGACGAGGAAGCGAAGUACAAGCUGAAUCUUGGAAAUAUUAUAGGUAAGCCCAAGACAAUCAACGUUAAUAGAAGCUAAACUUUUAUCAUGAUUAAACGUAACUAGUUUUAUAGGUCUCUAUCCACAUCUCGACUCAUUCAGUCUCUUUCAAUCCUGUUAUUUACUUGCAAUUCACGUUUGCCAAACGACUCCCUUCACAGUGUGUCUAAUCUAAGUCAUGCAAAGGCCUCUCACACUGAUAAAGUGGCUCGCCUCUUUGUGACUCAGUGGCAGUGUUUCAAGACCACUCUACAUCAAGUUCCAAAUUUGUUUUGUUUUUUUUUUCAACCAGUAAGGUGGUCGAGAUGAUAACAUAUUUAUCCUAUCUUUCCGCUCCUCCACAGGGUAGUAUCUUACGGGCUUAAAUUGAUAUCAACGCUUAGUUUCUCUAUUUCCCCUUCUUUUUAGACAUGACUGUUGGUAACGAUUCUCUCAGUCAUCUUAAUGGCUUCAAGUUUGGUACCUUUGAUAAACAUCACGCUGGUCCUAAAUGUGCGUCAAAAAGUGGAGGAGGCUGGUGGUACGAUGAGAAAUGUGCUGGGCUCUCAAAUCUCAACGCUGGAUCGGAAAAGAUCUCUUGGGCAAGGCUAGAUCGCAAACUUGCUGCUGGCAGUGCUCCCAAGACAACUGAAAUGAAAAUCAGACCUAUGAACUUUUCUUCAAAUUUACUUACUCAUUAG